AUGGCGCCCGCCUCCACCCCCGCCUCCACCCCCGCCCUCCUCGCCCUCGCCCUCGCCGCGCACCUCGCCCUCAUCCUCUACGCAGAGCACGUGGACGCACACCCCCUCCAGCAUGCCGGCCUGCGCUACACCGACCUAGACUGGCGCGUCCUCACAGAUGGUGCCCGCAUCAUCCUCAGCCCUGCCACCGCGCAGCACGCCGCCGGACCGCUCGCUCGCAGACUCGGCUGGGGCAUCGGCGAUCCGUACCAUCGAGCCACGUUCAGAUAUACGCCCCUCCUGCCGCUCUUUCUCUCCCCGGCCAUCCUCUCCAACUUUCUCGGAAAGAUACUCCUGGCCCUGCCUUCUCUGCUGAUACCUGUGCUCCUCCUGUCUGGGCCCGGCCCAGCGCCAUUCUGGCCUACUCAUCUGCUAUGGACGCUCAAUCCGUUCACCCUCAACAUCACUACCCGCGGAUCUCCAGAGGCUGCUAUAUGCUUCCUUGUUGUUGCCACCCAAUACUUUAUUCGCCUUGGAGGUUCAUCUGGUGCAAAGGGACGAGGAGAAGGAAGGGCCGCCCUCGUGCUCGCUCUGGCGGUCAGCUGGAAAAUCUAUCCCGCCAUUUAUAUUCCUGCCAUUUGGAAAGAACUCGCCGGGCGAUGGGGAUGGUUUGGCCUUCGAGUAUGGAGGUUUGGAUUCAUCGCUUUGGUGUCGUUUGUGGCUAUCAACGGUGCUUUGUGGUCCAUCUGGGGCCAACCGUUCCUCGACCACACCUAUCUCUACCAUCUCACCCGCCUUGACCACCGACACAACUUUUCUCCCUACUUUUACCCCAUCUACCUCUCUCUCUUCCCUUCCUCCUCUCAACUCUCAUCGGCCGUCAUCACAAUCCUCCGCCAUCCCCUCACCUCAUUCCUCCCGCAACUCUCCCUCAUCCUCUGCUCGUCCUUUAUCCCAGCAAAGCUUGACUUUGUCUUUUUCCUCCAGACCGCCAUCUUUGUCACAUUCAACAAAGUCUGCACAUCCCAGUACUUUAUGUGGUUCCUCCCGCUCCUGCCUCCUGUCCUCUCGCACCUGGCCAUCAGCCGCAGCCAGGCGAUCCUACUGGUCAGCGCUUGGGUCCUUGCACAGGCCGUGUGGCUUGCUUCGGCGUACAUGCUGGAGCUUCAAGCGCAGAGCGUUUAUUUGACGGUGUGGGCCGCGGGUUUGGGUGUGUUUGGGGCGAGUGUGUGGGUUUUGGGUGAGCUGGUGGAAAGUUGGCGAUGA